CGAGGGCCGCGGGCCGGCACCGACUGGCUCUGGGGGUCCUCCCGGCAGGCCCUGCCCCGCCGGCGCGAACAUGCUGGACGGCUUGAAGAUGGAAGAGAACUUCCAAAGCGCCAUCGAUACUUCGGGCUCCUUCUCCUCCCUGCUAGGAGGAGCCGCGGGCCCCCAGUCGGUGUGUGAGGGCUGCGAGCGCGUCAUCUCCGACCGCUUCCUGCUGCGUCUCAACGACAGCUUCUGGCAUGAGCAGUGUGUGCAGUGUGCGUCCUGCAAGGAGCCCCUGGAGACCACCUGCUUCUACCGCGACAAGAAGGUUUACUGCAAGUACGACUACGAGAAGCUCUUCGCCGUCAAGUGUGGUGGCUGCUUGGAGGCGGUGGCACCACGCGAGCUGGUGAUGCGCGCGCAGCAAAGUGUGUACCACCUGGGCUGCUUCUGCUGCUGCGUGUGCGAGCGGCCACUACGCAAGGGGGACGAGUUCGUGCUCAAGGAGGGGCAGCUGUUGUGCAGGGCUGACUACGAGCGUGAGCGCGAGCUGCUGCGUCUCACCAGCCCCGCUGCCUCCGACUCGGGCAAAAGUGACGACGAAGAAAGUUUAUGCAAGUCAGCCCCAGGGACUGGGAAGGGCACCGAGGACGGUAAAGACCAUAAGCGCCCCAAGCGCCCACGCACCAUCCUCACCACCCAGCAAAGGAGGGCGUUCAAGGCAUCCUUCGAGGUGUCCUCUAAGCCCUGCCGGAAGGUGAGGGAGACCCUGGCUGCCGAGACAGGGCUGAGUGUCCGUGUGGUACAAGUGUGGUUCCAGAACCAGCGUGCAAAGAUGAAGAAGCUGGCACGGAGGCAGCAGCAGCAGCAGCAGGACCAGCAGAGCACUCCAAGACUGACUCCGGCCGGCAGUGGAGGUGGCGGGGGCACUGGGCUGGAGGGGAUCAUGAACCCCUACCCAUCACUGCCCACCCCACAACAGCUCCUGGUCAUCGAACAGAGCGUCUAUAGUGCUGACCCCUUCCGCCAAGGCCUCACGCCUCCCCAGAUGCCCGGGGAUCACAUGCACCCCUAUGGUGCGGACCCCCUCUUCCAUGACUUGGACAGCGAUGACAUGACCCUCAGUAACCUGGGUGACUCUUUUCUGGCAGCCUCUGAAGCCGGGUCCCUGCAGGGGCGUGUGGGGAACCCCAUCGACCACCUCUACUCCAUGCAGAAUUCCUACUUCACCUCCUGAGCAGCCAUCGACUCUUGCCCAUUCCUCCUUCUCCCUGCAGCCCAUCCGGGUGGGCAGGGGAGCAUCUGCGGUGGAGACGGGCUGUGGGGGGCGCCACUGUCCAUAGCUCCCUACUUGUCCAGAGACAAACUAGUACUGGCUGGCUGGCUGGACCUGAGUCUUAGUGUUAGAGUUUUCCAUUUGCACGGGGGACUUAAUCUAGACUUUCAAGAGGCUCCUAACAUGCCCCUUCACUUUGGGGGGUUGAGGGGCUUUCUCCAAGAGGUGCAUCUGGUCUGGCCCUGCCCCCUACCCGCCCUGACCAUGCGUAUGAAUGAGAUGUCUGCCCCCGCAAGCUGCGCUGUACAGCAGAAGUGACUGUAUUUCCCAUGUGACUAUUUAAGGAACCCUUGAUGCUCUUAAGUUAUAAAAUAAGAUGAUUUACUUUUA